AUGGAAAAUGCAUUCUAUGGAAAGGGCUACAUCCAGAUACUUUGUUCAACCAUUAAUGGCGUCAGCAAUCUGCAUCCUGUUCAAGUUCUGUUCCUGGGCUCAAGGGACCUAGCUUUGGGUGACACCACUGCCGAGUUGCAUCACCGGGCAUGGUUAGCGAAUCUCACGACAGGCCACCAACGGCGAAACAGAACGCGAGACGCCAGUGUUGAACGCUCUUUUGGUCCGAUGAACAGCAGAGUUAGAUCUCUCGGGCUCCUCCCAUUCAUCGGACAGCACCUCCUCUUCGCAGUACAGAUUUCUAGAUUUCUAGAAAUUGGAAGAGAGCUUCGCCGCUGGUGGGCGUGA